UAUUUGUGUCAAUUACAUUUCCCAAAGCGGGAACACUUGCCGCCAUUUUCCCCACCCCUCCACCGGCCCUAAUUUUCAAAACAACAGCAGAUUCAACAUCAAGGGGUUUUCUAUCACGCGCAUAGUCACCUAGGAAUUCUCAUUUCACCGGCGACCAGUGCUCUGCCCGUAGGAAUAGGAUCAGAUAUAAAGGUGAGACACCUCUAAACCCUAAUCCCCCAUUCCAAUUAUUCAUACCAUUUAUCGCUUCACUCUCGACCCCCAUUUUUAGAUCCUUCGAGAAAAUGGAUACGUCGAAUCCGGCAGUUUUCGUCAAUUCCGAGCUGUUGAGACUACACGUCGGCAGGAGAGUUCGUGCAGUGAUUCAGGUGCUGAAAUCAGACGGUGGUGGCUCGGUGAUCGGAAAAUCGACGGACGAUCAGCAGUUGGUUAUCAAGGGCUACCCCUCUGCACCUCUUUCAACUUUUGUGGAGGUUAUCGGCAUUGCCGAGGGUAAUCAAUCUAUCCGCGCUGAAAUCUUCACCAACUUUGGUGAUGUUUUUGAUAUGUCGUGCUACAACGCUGUUUGUCAACUUGCCAAUAGGGAUUAUAAACACCUCUUUCUUUGAACAUCUAUGCAUUUGAGUUUAUUAGUAUAUCUCAAGGUUUAGAAGUGGCAAAACCUCAUAUUCAUAUCAUUGUCUUCUGAUCUGAUGGUUUUUUUCUGUGGAUGUAUUACGACAGUGUUGAUUAAAUUACUGUUUAGUCCUUCGCAAUCGGGGUGCAAAUUAAUCAUGUAGAGAGCUUUAUGGCUUAUGUAUUAUAAAGCACAAACGAGUAACUCAACCUUAUCAAUUAAAUAUUUUUGUA